AUGGAACCUCAACAAGGAAAUAUGCAGGCAGCUAUAAUGAACCAUGGACAUCUUGCCAUGCCUAGUAAUGUUAUGCCCAAUCAAUGGCAUCAGCCUCAGAUAAUGGAAAAUCAAACCAAUUAUGGACAAGGAUACAGUACUCAAAUAUUUAAUGGACAAUUGGUCUACAUCCCAAAUCAUUCACAACAAGUCUUGAUGCCUGUACAACAUUAUAGCAAACCAUCUGAACAGCCAUCGAUCCCUAAUAUUCCAAAUCCUAUAUCACAAAACACUCUCAUGCCAGCCGAAAAAACUGAAGUUACCCAAGUUUUACCCGCUGCUCCAUAUGGGAUAUCAAGAAAAAUUAUAAUAAAAUCAUCAAAAACAAGAUCAUCAGCCAAACCUCCAGCUCCACCUGUCACCACUAUUGAACCCAACCUCAACAUUCCACCAAUUUUAGCUGAAGAACCAAUGAUCGAGGACCGAGUAAAACCUAAAAGUACAUCACUAAAACGAACCAUUCGUCAACGAAUCAACGAAUCUGGAUAUGAUAUUGCAUCUGAUAUGCUCGACAGAACAGCAGGGAUAAGUUUUAAGCAACUCUUUAACGUCAUUCCUUCAUUGCAAACCCGUUUCAACAAAGACAGAAAAAAUAAAAUUAAACAAUUCGUAAUCUCCGCUACCGCACAUCCACAUUCAUUUGCAAAUCUAAAUCAAAAUGAAGAUGAGGGAAUUACUGCCUUACGCUGUUUAAUGCAAAUUGAAUCCGAAGAAGAAUCUGAAGUCGAGGAUGAAUCCGAAGAGGAAGCUGAAUUGAUGACUAUCACCAAUGAUUUUCAUUGUAUUACCACCAAGGAGGAUAGCCAAGUACAAAACAAGGAUAGUCGUAUACAAAUCAAGAAAGGCGGAAACCUUAUUAUACUUGCAAAAUCCAAUGUUCCUAUAAACUUAAACUUGCCUUAA